AUGCGUCAUGCGGCAGCAUUUAGCGUCGCAACGCUGCUGCUGUGCGUCGGCGCCGGCGCGCCCGAUGCCGGAAGCAUCGUCCUCCUCGGCGGCGGUGCCAGAACAUUUCUCUGCUGCUUCGACGAGCUCGUCGAGAAGCUCGCGAAGCCCAUGGAAGCCGACCUCUUCGCCUACUUUAAGACGACGGAGGGAAAACACCAGACGUGGCACCACAACGAGUCGAAGCUACUUGCGAAGCUCGAGACGUACGCGCGGUUCCGAGGCGCGGUGCUCGUGCCGCGCCUCGACUGCGAGGGCGACUGCCUCGUGGCGCAGGUCGGCUGCCGCAAGCGCUUCGCGCGGCACCUCGGCAACGACACGACACUCGGCCGCGCCAUCGGCCAGCACGCGCUGCUCGAACGCCUCGGCCAGGAGCUUCGGACGCUCGAGGCGAGGCGCGGCGCGCGCUACGAAUGGGUCGCGUGGGUGCGCCCGGACGUCGUCGUGCAGGCCCGCUACCCGGCGCUCGCCGACGUCGCGUCGAGCCUGGCCGCGCUUCCCAGCUGCGGCGGCGACGUCGACAUGGCUCGCGUCCUCCCGCGCGACGAGGCCGAGAGCCUGCUCUUCGGCGGCAUGGCGGCCGCGCGGAGCGCGUGCGGCAUCUUCGCCACGCGCGCGUGCAAUCGCACGAACCACCGGACGGCGGCCUGCAACCCCUUCGCGUUCGAGGCCGAGGACUUCGUGCGACGGGCCGUCCCGCACAACCGCGGCUGCGUCCGCGCGAGGCCGCUGCGCCCGGCCUCGUGUCCGUUGCUAAAGAGUUGA